AUGCAAGAGUUCAAGACGUCUACCUCUCGCUGGCAGGCUCUGAUAACUCGCGAACCUACAGCUGACGGUGCCUUUGUCUAUUGCGUUCGCACCACAGGCAUCUACUGUCGACCCAUCUGCAAAGCCCGGCUCGCCCGCAGAGCCAAUGUCGAGUUCUAUGCCACGUCCCUCGAGGCUGAAGGCGCUGGUUAUAGAUCUUGCAAGCGUUGUAGACCCGAGCUGCCCAUGCACUCUCCGGAAAGCGACAAGAUCGAUGCAGUCUGCCAAUAUCUACAGAACUUGAAUCUUGAGCAGCCAUUACCUACACUGGAAGAUAUGGCUAUGCUUGCCGGCUUGACAAAGUUCCAUUUCCAUCGGAGCUUCAAACGCGUGGUGGGUCUUACGCCUAAGGCAUACCUGUCGAUCAUCGCGGAACAAAGAAACAUUGCAUCUACGGUCUCACCAUCAAACCCUAUAGAUCAGAACUCGACGGAUUGUUGCAAGCCAAUCAUGGCGUCGGAUCUCGUCCUCGACUCAAUGGAUCGCACACUUUGGGAGUCUUCCCAUAGCACACCAUCAUCUCGGCCCGCUGAGAAUCUCUCACGAACAUCGCAGAUGUGCCCCAGACCAUAA